UACACCUGCAGAAGCUGCCACGCACACGACGAGCCUCACCCUCAGCACAGGAAACAACGCGAAAAGCAAAAAAAGCAAAGGCUAACUCAAAAGCAACAUCAGUGAUAUGGAAAUGUGCAUAGAGAAAAAGGCGAAAAAGUCUAAAAAGUCAAAAAAUGAAACAGCUGAGAGUUCAAUGCAACAGCAGCCACAGCAGCAGCAGAGCAACAAAGAUAACAAUUAUCAAAAGAUAUGCCACCAAAAUCAAACGAAAACUCAAGGGAAGCAAACACAUAAAAGCAAAAUCAGCAGCUACUGUAGCAACAACUACAACAACAACCAAAGAGAUCGAGACCACCUGAAAAAGCAACACGAAAACCAACGAACAAAACCUAAAACAAAAGCGACAUCAUCAAACGGCUGCAGCGACGCCAACAGAAGCUGCGUCGUCGUCAGCAGCAGCAUCAUCAAAAGCAGCAAAGCCAGCAGCAACGUCAGCAGCCACACCAUAAACAACAACAAUAAUUGCUGCACACAAUUAAACACGCUCUAUUUGUUGCUGGUGCUCUUAAUAGUUGGCCUCGCCCACCACUCAGCCACUGCCUCCCCUUACGAGAGCAGGCGUGAUGCUCUUUUGGCCUACUAUAAACGCGCACACCUUCAGCAGCAGAGUGCCGCCCGCGGUGCUGUCGCUGUCGCUGCAUCCUUCACCUAUGCGGGGGGACCGUCGCAGUCCCUGGAGGAGUACCAUUUACACGAUGCCUCUGCUGUGGAUUUUGAUGAGCUAACGCCCACAGUCAGCGUUGUCUCUGCCCUAAGCCGGGCAGAACGUUUGCGUAAGCGUAGCCCCAUCCCAACAACGCCAUCAACUGCCAGCACAACUGUAACUGCAACUGCAGCGGAAGGAGCAGCAAUAACAACAGCAAGGGCCGCAGCGGAGGCAGCCAGCAGCAGCAGCAAAAAGCCAGAAGAGAAAUGCGAUCCAAAAGUAUUGGAAAUGGUGCCAGAUGAGCCGUUUUACGACUUUACCGACAUUGCCGAGGAUGCCGCACGACAGUUUAUUGAAUUUCUAUCGAAUAAAUUCCCAAAUGCCAACACACCGAUUGCCAUCGACGAGUCAACACGUGCGGAGGUGAGCCGUCGGGCCAACAGUAUUGCCAGCUACGCCCUCAACGAGGAUGAGAAUCUCCUGGCUUUUGCCAUUGCCGCGCCGAGCAUACACACAGUAGUCGUAAAAUUCAGGGAUAAUGUCACGAUACCACCAGAUCAGGUGCAUAAUAAGGCGUUUUUGGGCUCAUACUGGAGGGAAUUGGGCGCGGCCUGGAACAGCAGCGAUGGUACCCAGGAGUGGGGUGCCCCAUUUCGCGACUGCAACCUGUUGAAGCGUCGUUGGCUGUGGCCAUUUCGCAUAUCAUUCACAGAGCAUAGAAUCAAAAUUGUGGCAGCUGCCUUUAUUGCCGCCGAUGAGGAUGUGUGCAACGAUGGCCUGGAGGAGGUGUUUGGGCGUCGUCAUGGUUGCGAUCGAAAUACAACUUUCUGCCUGCUCACGGAGAACAAGCCGGCGGCCACGCGGGAUGUGUACACGUGCCUCUGCCGGGAGUCCUUUUAUCUGCCAAACUCUACGCUGCAGGGCUUCCGAGGCGAUGUUGUGGAGUUGUCCGAGGGCUACGACAACUACUCGUGCAUUCCGUGUCCAGGGGGUUGCACAAACUGCGACCAGCAUGGUGUGUGCCUCAACUUUCAGGAGGAGGAGGCCCUCAAUAUGGAUGCCUGUUUGCGUCUACUGGUGGCCAUUGUCCUGGGCGCCUGUAUCCUGUGUUGUGUCGUCCUGGGUGUGAUUGUCUUCAGACAGCGCAAGAGCAAGGCCAUUGCCUCGGGCAUGUGGACUGUGCUGGAGACGAUACUGCUGGGAAUUGUUUUACUUUAUGCAUCUGUUGCCGUCCAUUUCUUUCCCGCCUCCACCGAGCGCUGCCUGCUGGAGCCCUGGCUGCGGGAGCUGGGAUUCAUCACCUGCUACGGCGCCAUCAUCCUGAAGCUGUAUCGACACCUGGUGGAUUUUAGGACACGCAAGGCACACCGCUGGGUGCUGCGCGACGUGGAUCUGCUCAAGUAUCUGGGCGCCAUGGUGUUCGCUGUGGUGUGCUACAUGUCCGCCUUCACGGCCUCAUCGCUGGACCUGCUGGAGAGCGCCCAGUUGGAGAGUCUGCGCGAGGCGAGCACCAACACCUGCCAUCCGCUUAAGUGGGAGCUGGUGACGCAGACCAGCGAGAUACUCAUACUGUGCUUCGGCCUGCACCUCUCCAUAGCCAGUCGCAAUGCCAACACUCAGUUCCGGGAACGACAAUUUCUGGUCACCGCCCUCACGCUGGAGUUCCUCGUCUCGUCCAGCUUUUACUUUCUGCGCUUUGUCUACCUACCGGAAAUGAGUCCCAGCGCCAUACUGUUGGCCCUCUUCGUCCGCUCCCAGCUGACAAACAGCUUUGCCCUGGGUCUGAUAUUUGUGCCAAAACUGUGGUAUCAACACAAACAGGUUCGUUCGCUAGCGUAUGAUCUAUCAAUACGUUUACCUGUGGAUGCUUUCAAGGGUGCUUCACACGAUGCCGGCCAACGUUUGGGCGGUGGCUAUGCGGGCCUUUGCCUGGGUGACCCCGACAUCGGUGAGCUGACCAUAUCCGAAAUGAGUCCCGAGGAUAUCCGCGCUGAACUCAAAAGACUGUACACACAACUUGAGAUAUUGAAGAACAAGACCUUGAGACAGGACAAUCCGCACAUUAGCAAACGACGAGGUGGACGCAAGGCGGGUCAUCGUCGCUUCUCAUUGCAGAAAAAGGGCAGCAAAGAUAAGGCUCUAAGUGCCAAACACCGCAGCAACAAGCAUCAUCAGGACAUUGAGAUCACCGAGGCGGAACCCUCCCGUACACCCGAGGACUCUGUAUGCAGUGCCGAGGGACCGACGGAUACCUAUGCGGAAAUAUCGGGCGUGUCGCAUUCAAUGCUCUCCCAUUCGAUGGUCUCGCACUCUAUUGUCUCUCACUCGAAGUAAGGAAGUAAACGAUAUUCCAGCGACAAGAAGGGUUUGUAUAUAAGUAUUAAAGGAUACGAUAGUACAUGUUUGUAUGUGUAGAUAUCUAUGUGUAUGUAUAUGUAUGGGAGUAUUAGGGUGCAGCAUAGGAAAUAUAUAGCGCAAAAAAACACAAACAAUAAAAGGAUUACUUUAAUUUCGCAAUGAAAGAAAAACAACAAAACCAACAAAGAGCAAACUGAACAAAGGCAAACACAAAACACAAACAAUAAAAAAACAUUACUUUAUUUAAUAAAAAAAAAGGAUAGAGAGGAGAAAUGGAAAGAGAGAAGAAAGAACAGACGAGUUUUGUACAAUUUUGAUAAACUUUUAGAUGAUUUUACGUUGUUCAUUUCUCUCAAUUUGAUUUCGAUUGAUUUCGAGCAAAGUUGUACGAAAGAGAGCGAUUAAACAGAGCCCACCUGUGUAGGUAAACGAUAAAACUGCUUGUAAAACCAAA